CUCCGCCAUCGCCAGGUUCCUUCGCCAUCGUUCAACUGAGGGUUAAUCUCUCUUUCACUGAACGGUCAAACAGUUUCGAGCAUCUGAAUUCGGCUCCAAUGGAUUCUUGUGAAUGCUUCAGCAUUGUCUUGCUUUAGCAUUCCGACCGACAUGCAUUGAUAUGUAUCACAGCGUAAACCGCCUCGUCUUUCGAGCUAGUAUCACCAAGUGUGUCAAGGUUGGUUUAAUUGAUGAAGCUAUCAGGAUAUUUGAUGAAAUGACUCAAUCGAAUUGUCCUGUAACGAGCAGAGACUACAAUCGCUUUAUUGGUGUUCUGAUUAGCCGCUCGCGUUUCGAUUUGGCCGAAAGUUAUUACUCGAGAAUGAUACCUCAAGGUUUUUCUCUUACGCCAUUUACUUACUCCAGGUUCAUUUCUGCUUUGUGUGAAGUUAAGAAUUUCGGCCUCAUAGCUAGGCUGUUAGAAGAUAUGAAUAGGCUUGGCUAUAUUCCUGACAUUUGGGCUUUUAAUAUAUAUUUGAAUCUCUUAUUCCGUGAAAACUGUUUAGAAUUGGCUUUAGAGUUCUUUAACGAAAUGGUUUCGAAAGGAAGGGAACCUGAUGUUGUAACAUACACCAUAAUAGUUGAUAGACUGUGCAAAGCCAAGCAAUAUGGCCAAGCUGUGGAGUUUUGGCGUUUUAUGGUUCAGAAGGGGAUUAGUCCAGACAUGAAAGCCUGUACGGCUCUUGUUGUUGGGCUCUGCGAUGGUGGGAAAGUUGAUUUAGCAUAUGAGCUUAUGGUUGGUAAAAUGAAGGGUCAGACGAAGUUCAACAAUUUGAUUUAUAAUUCUCUGAUGAGUGGGUUUUGUAAAGCUGGCCGGAUCUCUAAGGCACUGGCCAUCAAGUCAUUUAUGAGUAAGAAUGGCUGUGAGCCAGAUUUGGUUACCUACAAUAUUUUGCUGAAUUUUUUUUGCGAUGGGCUUAUGUUGGAGGAUGCAGGGGAGUCGAUGAAGAAGAUGGAGAGGAUAGGAAUGGAGCCUGAUGUGUACAGUUAUAAUCAACUUCUUAAGGGUCUUUGCAAGGCUAAUCGGCUGGAUAAAGCAUAUAGAUUGAUGAAUAAAAUGUGGGAGAAAGGGUUGUGUGACACUGUUUCAUACAACACUUUGAUAAGUGCACUAUGCAAAGCAUUGGCAACUAGAAAGGCAUACAAGCUAUUUGAGGAAAUGGGUCAGAAAGGCGUUGCUCCAGAUGUGGGAACAUUUGCAACUCUUAUAAAAGCUUUUCUUAGAGAAGGAAGCUCCCAUAUAGCAAAGAGACUUCUUCAUAAGAUGACCGAGACAAUUCUGUUACCUGAUCACAUAUUUUAUACAACGGUCAUAGAUUAUCUUUGUAAGACGGGGAAGAUUGAGAUGGCUCAAGGCGUCUUUCAUGACAUGAUAGAAAUAGGGAUCACCCCUGAUGUGGUUUCAUAUAAUGCUCUUAUAAAUGGGCUUUGCAAGGCCUUUAAAGUUCCUGAGGCCAUGUUACUGUAUGAAGAAAUGCAAAUGAGAGGAUGCUGUCCUGACGAGGUAACUUUCAAACUGAUAAUUGGAGGACUUUUACGAGAAAAGAAUCUUCCUUUAGCUUGUCAGGUCUGGGAUCAGAUGAUGGAGAAGGGCUAUACGCUUGACAGAUUUCUAUCCGAGGCUCUUAUCAAUGCCAUUCAGUCGAGGGAUGCUGGUUAACCAUGGAACGAGGAAACAAAUAAGCCUCUUAAAGAUAUAAAUCACAUUUUGAUACGACUGUUCAUCCGUGGGAUCCCUGGAAGAUCCUUUGGCAAUUGCGAGCUCUUUGACUUCUGGUGCUCCAUUCCGUGUUUGCAUUCAUAUGUAUCCAUCUAAUCCAUUGGAGUUUUCAAGAGGGAUUUGGUUAUAAUUGUACAACAGACAUGGAGGCGCUUAGCUUUCCAGGCAUUGCACCUGUCUUGGAGAAAUUUCCCUUCUGAUACAGUGUCCAAAUUUCUUAUACGACCCUAUCUUCGGACUCGUGCUCAUUGCAAAAGUCAGGACUAGGAAGCCCUGCUUAGCAUCGAAAACUACCAGGACCGAGGAUUGUAUUUCUCAUCACAUCGAUGGCAUAAGAACAAUGGUGGUGCAGUUGUGAACACGUUCAAGGCAAUGUGAGUUUGUGUAAUUUUAGUUUGCCAAAAAUUUGCACGAAAAGUCGAUGUGUGUUUAUAUAUAUGCUAGAGUUGUUCAUAAACUGUCUAGAUAUCAUGUAACUGCAAUAAAAA